GCACCCCUGAGCAAGUCCGCCAAGCGGCGGAGGGAGCGCAAGCUCGCGGAGAAGCGCCGCGACAUGAGGAGGAGCAACGAGUCCAUACUGGGGCCGAUCGUCGAGGCCAUGCGCUCCCUGAGCCGGCCGUGCAUCGACGAGGCGCGGCGGCAGCGCCCGGCGGGGCGCGCCCGCGGGCCCCCCGGGGCCGCGACCUCGCCGAGGCUGCCGGUGCCGCCGACGACGCCGAGGCUUCCGAAGAGGAAGAAACGGAACAAGAUGAACGCGGGCGACGGUGAGGGCGACGGUGACGAUUUCGAGGAGGCGAUGUCUCAGGAGGAGCACUGUAGAGACGACAAGGGUUCGCUGCACACUUUCUCUUUAUAA